AUGGAGGGCAGCUCUAUUCUCCAUGCUUUCACUAACAUUUAUUUUGCCAUUUUUGCUUUAUUUUGCUUCAAGCUUUUAAUUAAGAUUUCCUUGGCUCUGCUGACCCAUUUCUAUAUUGUUAAAGGCAACAGAAAAGAGGCUGCCAGGAUAGCAGAAGAGAUCUAUGGAAUAGUCCCAGGCAGCUGGGCAGACAGGUCGCCACUACAUGAUGCUGCCUUCCAAGGACGCCUCCUGUCUUUGAAAACCUUGAUUGCACAGGGAUUCAACGUGAACCUCCUGACAACCGAUCGGGUUUCGGCUCUCCACGAGGCCUGCCUGGGCGGCCACGUGGCCUGCGCAAAGGUGCUGCUGGAGAACGGCGCUCACGUCAAUGCAGUCACUGUUGAUGGGAUCACACCUCUGUUUAAUGCCUGCUGCAGUGGCAGUGUGGCUUGUGUCAACAUGCUGCUCGAAUAUGGAGCCAAGCCACAGCUCGGGAAUCACCUUGCUUCGCCUAUUCAUGAAGCAGUAAAGAGAGGUCACAGGGAGUGCAUGGAAAUCCUUCUGACCCAGGAGGUGGACAUCGACCAAGAAGAUCUGCAGCACGGGACACCUCUUUAUGUGGCUUGCACGUACCAGAGGACAGACUGUGUCAAGAAGCUUUUAGAGCUAGGAGCCAACGUUAAUGUGGGUAAGCGACUGGAUACCCCUCUUCAUGCUGCAGCGAGGAAAUCCAAUGUGGAAGUAGUCAUCUUGCUGACCGACUAUGGUGCUUGCCUGAAAUGCAGAAAUGCUGAUUUCAAAUGUGCAUUGGAUGUUGCUGUACCCAACAGCAAAGUGGCACAGGCGCUUUUGCUUCGGGAAGGUCCUGCCAGCCUUGCCCAGCUGUGUCGGUUGUCUAUCAGAAAACAUCUGGGUCGAUCAUGUCUAUAUGCAGUCCACAAGCUGCACCUGCCUGAGCCACUUGAGAACUUUCUCCUCUAUCGAUAA